AUGAACUCGCUCUACAAUCAGGCGCUGCGUCAGUUCUCGUCGAUCCAGUCCGACAUCUCGCGCAUCGACUCGGAGGCAGACACCUCGCCCACCGCAUUCGGACCCGUAACGGUAUCUCUCUCGUCACUGGAACGCACGAUCGACGAGUACGAGAAUCUGGCCAAGAAGGAACUCAUCCAGUCCAAGCAGGAAAAGGCGCUCACGCGCGUCGCCAAGUUCCGCACCGACUAUUCCGAACUCUCAUCGCAACUAGCGCGGCUCAAGACCAAAGGCGCGCUUUCCAACGGCGCCUCAUCACAAAACAACGGGUCGGCGACGCUCCGAUCGCCCACAAAUGCCAACUAUGGCGGGUCGCACGCGAAUCGCCGCGUGAGUGCGAUUGCGGAAUCUCCGUUCAGCCUGCAUGCGCGCAAUGCGCCAGCUUCACCACAGGCGGAUCCACUCGCCGCCUACAAGAUGAACGCAAGCGCAGCAGCCAUGUUUGGCGAAGGCGGCGGAUUCUCGGCGCGCGAAUCGCAUGCGCUGCGCGAACACUCGUUCAUCCAAAACACCGAGGCCCAACUCGACGCCUUCAUCGCCCAGGGCAGAGAGGUGUUUGGCAACCUCGUCGAACAGCGCGGCAUCCUCAAAGGCACACAGCGAAGACUCAGAGACGCCGCAAAUACCCUCGGCCUCAGCAGAGACGUGAUCGGGUACAUCGAACGCAGAAGCACACAGGACAACAUCAUCUUUGCCCUCGGCGCCAUCUUCACCCUCGUCUGCUUCUGGUACAUCUACAAGUGGUUCGGCUGA